AUGAAUGCUAUUAAUCGACUGGAUCGGCUUCUAACUGAUGCAUUCAGAAUACCAUCGAUCGAUUUUUCUGAGGAAAUAUACCAGGAGACGAGCGUACAACCAUCAAGUGAAUUGACAUUUGCUGAACGGGAAUCUUAUCCUUCGACAGUAUUGCCGCUGGCAUUAAACAAUACGGCACCUUUGCCACCUCGUCGUAAUGCUUCGUCAAUAAAACAUCAUCGCCAACGUUAUCAAAUCAAUCCAGCUGAUAAACAAAAAACUGAUCAACCACUUUUAAAUUCUUCAACGUUAGAUGAUUUAUUUCGUGCUUUAACGCUCGAAUGUGAACAAUGUCUGGCUGAUACGCCGUCGUCCUAUCAAAAUAAGAUCUAUGAGGAAAUAAUGGUACAAUCUUCAUCGGACAAACAAGCAGCUGUCGAAUCAAACGAUGAUGAUUAUGAAAAUCUACAUCCGCCGAGACCUGUACAAUCAAUAAAAACGAGUGUCUCCCCUCUGAAAACUAGUAUUGAAGUGAUCAGUCCAAUAAAAAGGCACGUCGUCUCGAUAACUGUGUCCUCAAAAGUAACUUGUACACCACCUCCGCUUCCAUUACUACUCAUCCCACCAGCACCGAUAUUAACGUCUAUCGUAGUUCCACCGCCAGCAAAACCUUCAUCUCCUAGCCCUUCAUCACCACCACCACCACCAAUCCCACCAGCACCGCCUAUUUGUCGGUCAAGUGAUGAAGAACCUGCAAAUCUUUCGUCAUCGAGUACCAACCGAAAACGUCGUCGUCGUACUCGAAAACAGUUUGUAUCGUUGUCAACAACGCGUUCGAGCUCAUCAUCUACUGAACGUAAGGCAAAAUCAACAGAAAGGAAAUCGCUUCCUUGCAAACGCUCAAAUAGUACCGAUACUCGUCAUCAUCAUUCGAGAAAUUCUUCAGAUAAUCGUCCAAUGUCCUAUUCGUCUUCGUACAAACAAUGUCCAAAGCGUCCUCAUCGACGUGAUGUAUCCCUACAACAUCCCGAACGUUACCAUGAAAUGAAAUCUUUACCUCUUUCCGUCUUAUUGACAUCAACAAAACAUACAAGCGACUUUAUAACCAAUUCUCAACAGCGUCGCUCACGUCUGGAAUCUGUUGAUCAUAAACCACCGGCAUUAUUUUAUCGAUCCUCAUCGACUCGGAAUAAUCAUAAUCAUAAUAAUAAUAACAAUCAACAUCCGAAUAAAAGCAAGAACAACAGCAACAUUCCGACGCAUCGAAUACCCUCCUAUCCAGUUUAUUGA